GUGGCAUUCGCCCAUUUCCUCGGGGGGGUUGCUUGCACCCUUGAUGGCAUGAAGCAUGACCACCAAGAUGAUGGACGUGGCAGAAAUUCGCUUCACACAGGAGCACGUGUACGACACCUUCAAUGCCAACUCGGACAAAGCCGGCAGCGUGUUGGACCUCAUGGAGUCAAUUCUGUCAGGCGAGAAGACCCCAUGGGACAUUCCUUUGAUCCGCGUGGCUGCGAAGAAGGGAGCAUAUUGGUGUGUGGACAACCGCCGACUCUUUACCUACAAGCACCUCCAGCUGGGCCAAAUCCCGGUCCAGGUCUUCCACUGGAAAGACAACCGGGAGUUUGAGCUCAAGUACCGCAAUGGCCUGCCGUUCCGCGCGCAGACUGGGAACGGGCUCCGGGCUGGGCUCAUCCAGCGCAGCGAGCGGCCCUUUCCAAGGAGCCCAGUGGCCGAGCCAACGCUCUCAAAGUUCAAGAAGUUUUUUUCUCCUGCGCAGCAGCGCAAACAUGAGGCGCGCAUUGAGGAGCUCAAGAAAGUUGAGGCAGCUGCACCCGCAGACCAAAGCGUCGGGGGCGCGCUGGAGGAGCUGCUGCAGCCACAGGAGAAACCUUGCGGCGAAGCUUCAAAGGAGAGCAAGAAGCGCAAGAGGCUCAAGAAGGUCGGCGUCAAGAAGAAACGGCAGGCGUCUGGUGAGAAGAAGUUGACGGUGACCUUGGAGAAGCAGGACUCCGAGGAGGAGGAUUUCGAUGUGGAGAUCUCGGCCCCCUGAGCUCCGAGCCGCGCGC